AAAGAUAAACCUCCAUAAGAAUCAUCCGAGAUUAAAAAAAAAAAAGAACAAAACAAUCUAAAUCAUAAAUCUUGUAGUAAUUACAAUGGCGUCAGAGCAAGCAAGAAGAGAGAACGUGGUGAAGGAGAGGGAAGUUCAAGUGGAGAAAGAUAGAGUCCCUAAGAUGACGAGUCAUUUCGAGUCUAUAGCCGAGAAAGGCAAAGACUCCGACACACAGAGGCAGCAGGAGACAACACACUUUGUGUCGCUUUCGGACAAAGGAAACGAAGGAGAAGGUGAGACCAAGAUGAAGAUGACUAAGAUGCCUCACACCGUUGGGAAGUUCGUUGUGCAUAGUGGUGAUAAAGAAGGGACGGGGAAGAAGGAGGAGGAGGAGCAAGAGAGGGCGUCACUAGAGGAUAUUCAAGGGUUUAGAGCCAAUGCUCAGCAACAAUCUAUGGAUACUAUACGAGCAGCGGAGGAGAGGUAUAACAAGGCUAAGGAGAGUUUGAGCCGUGGCGGACAAGGAGGACAACAAGCGGAGGGAAGAGGAAGAGAGAGUGGAGUCCAUGUUACUCACGUUGGGACUGAGAAAGGAGGAAACGUGCAAGGCACGGCAAGUGAGAAGACUCAGAGAGCUUCUGAGUAUGCGAGGGAGAAGGCAAGGGAAGCUGGACACGUGGGGGCUCAUAAAGAGCAAGAGGCUGAGGAGCAAGCUGGUAGAGCUAAAGAUUACACUAUGGAGAAGGGAAGAGACGUGAAGGACACGGCAAGUGAGAAGACUCAGAGGGCUUCUGAUUACGCGAGGGAGAAGGCAAGGGAAGCUGGACACGUGGGGGCUCAGAAAGGGCAAGAGGCUAAAGAACAAGCUGCAAGAGCUAAAGAUUACACUAUGGAGAAAGCUGGUGAAGCUAAAGAAACUGCGGCUGAGAAAGCUCAGAGAGCUUCUCAGUAUGCAACUGAGAAAGGAAGAGAAACGGCUGAACAAGCUGCAAGAGCCAAAGACAUGGCUUUACAGAAAGCUGCUGAAGCUAAAGACACGGCGGCAGAGAAGGCUAAGUAUGCAACUGAGAAAGGAAGAGAAACGGGCAACACGGCGGCUGAACAAGCUGCAAGAGCUAAAGACAUAGCUUUACAGAAAGCUGCUGAAGCUAAAGACAUUGCAGCUGAGAAGGCUCAGUAUGCGGCUGAGAAAGGAAGAGAAAUGGGAAGCACGGCGGCUGAAAAGGCGGCAAGAGCCAAAGACUACACUCUCCAGAAAGCUGUCGAAGCUAAAGACAUUGCGGCUGAGAAAGCUCAGAGAGCUUCUCAGUAUGCCACUGAGAAAGGUAGAGACACUGGAAACACUGCGGCUGAACAGGCUGCAAAAGCCAAAGACUACACGUUUCAGAAAGCUGGUGAAGCUAAAGACAUUGCUGCUCAGAAAGGACAAGAAGCCAAAGAACAGACGGUUUCAGUGACGGCAAAAGCCAAAGACUACACGGUUCAAAAGGCCGGUGAAGCGGUGGAAAUGAGCAAAGAAGCGGCUGAGUAUGCAAAGGAGACGGUGGUGGAAGGAGGCAAAGGAGCUGCACAUUACGCCGGAGUAGCAGCUGAAAAAGCGGCUGCGGUUGGGUGGACCGCGGCGCAUUUCACCACAGAGAAAGUGGUGCAAGGUACUAAAGCUGUUACCGGUACGGUGGAAGGAGCGGUUGGUUACGCAGGGCAUAAGGCGGCGGAGGUUGGUUCUAAGGCGGUGGACUUGACUAAGGAGAAAGCUGCAGUGGCUGCUGAUACUGUGGUGGGAUACACGGCGAGGAAGAAAGAGGAAGCUCAACACAGAGACCAAGAGACGCACCAGGGAGGUGAGGAAGAGAAGAGACAAGGUUAUGUCAAAGAGCCAAGGAGAGGCUUUGAAGAGGAGUACAGAGGAGAAAGAGGGAGAGGUGAGGAAGAUGUCUUUGUAAAAGGCUUCUCCGGAGAAGAGAGGAGAGACGUCAGGGAGGAGUACGGAAGAGGAAGAGCGAGUGAGGAAGAUGUCUUCGGAUAUGGAACACAAGGAGGAGGAGUCUCCAGAGACGUUGGAGAGGAGGAGUUUUACGGAGGAGAAGGAAGAAGGAACGAGAGAUACGUUGAAGAGGGAGGAGUGCUUGGGGCUAUUGGCGAGACUAUAGCUGAGAUUGCAAAGAAGACCACCAACAUAGUUAUUGGUGAUCCUCCUGAGAGGUCGCAUGAGCAUGGAACUGCUGGUUAUAUGGGACAGGAACAUGGACGUCGUUGAUAAGUGACAAGGAGACAUGUUUUGUUUUUUGUUGUCUAAAAGGGUUUUUGUAUGUAAAUAACAAAAAGCUCUGUUUCUGUUGAAAAGACUUUCAAAGUAUGUAAUGGUUGGUGAACCAAUACCAUCUCCACUAGUCUUUUAUCUACUCUUUGGAUCUCUUAAGAUAAAAGUGAACCUAGUACACACCAGCAGAACAAGAGCAUCAAUUAAUCUCACCUUCAAGCCAUGUUUCAGAUCCAAGAACAUGAUAAAAAAUUGGAGACAAAACUGUGAAACUGGACUGUUAUGCUCUAGACAUCUCUUACUAAAAUAGCCUACAAAGAUCAAAAGCACCUAAACAGCAACCUUAGUUAUAUAUAUAUUCAUCCAUCUCAUAAGUGUAAGGGGCAAUACAUACUCUCUCUUUGGGAAUGUAGAAGACAGAUAAAUAGUCAAAAGUUUAUAACCAAAACAAAACAAAAAAAACAUUAAGCGCUUAGUCCCACGCACUUGGAGU